AUGGCGUCCAUGAUAACAGGAGAUUUCGUGGAGGCCUACGUACGGAAGAACGCCUGCAAAGAGGAGAUAAGGAGGGCAGAAGCGAGCACCGCUGGCGGAGUGGCGGCGGCACAAGGAGACAAGAAGGCCGGCGCUAGUGCAUCGUCAGAGAAGAAAGCCGCCAAAGAGGCUGCAGCUGGUAGCAACAAGGGAGAAGGAGGCAGCAGCCUCUUUGGGCUGAUGAAGAAGAAGGUUCAUGCCAAAGUUGGCGGAAGUACAGGAGCUUCUUCUUGA